AUGCCUUCUGCAGAGUUAAUCGAUUAUUCUCCGCACCAGCCAGAGCCAGCUCCCCCACUAGCAUCUGCUUCAAAUGUUAUCUUGAUCGACAACUUCGACUCAUUCUCUUGGAACAUCUAUCAAUAUCUCGUUCUCGAAGGGGCGACUGUCACUGUUUACCGAAACAAUGAACUUAGCGUGGAGGAACUUGUUGCGCUCAAACCUACUCAAUUGGUUAUAAGUCCUGGUCCUGGUCAUCCGAAGACCGAUUCUGGUGUUAGUAGAGAUGCUAUCAAAUAUUUCGCAGGCAAGAUACCUGUGUUUGGAGUCUGCAUGGGACAGCAGUGCAUAUUGGACGUAUAUGGAGGAGAGGUUGUAUUUGCCGGAGAAAUCUUACAUGGAAAAACGUCUCCAUUGCGACACGAUUCAAAAGGAGUCUAUGCCAGUCUACCACAAGACUUACCAGUCACACGAUAUCACUCGCUUGCCGGCACACAUCCAACUAUACCUGAAUGUCUCGAAGUAUCAUCCUGGAUCGAGGCUGGUGUUGAUGGGGGAAAGGGUGUGAUAAUGGGUGUUCGACACAAAGAAUAUGUUCUAGAAGGUGUGCAAUACCACCCUGAGAGUAUCUUGACUGCUGAAGGUCGAGUAAUGCUCAAGAACUUUCUGAAGAUGCGAGGUGGCACUUGGGCGGAAAAUGAGCGUUUGCAAAAAGAGGGUUCAAGCAGCACGGCGCAAGCGUCUAAAUCUGGUUCCACGAGUGCCAAAAAGGAGAACAUACUGGAUAAAAUCUUCGCGCAUCGCAAAGCCGCAGUUUCCGCACAAAAAGAAAUUCCUUCCCAACGACCCUCCGAUCUCCAGGCCGCCUAUGAACUCGAUAUUGCGCCCCCUCUCGUGUCAUUUGUCCAACGUCUUCGCAAGUCUCCGUUUCCACUAUCGCUUAUGGCCGAGAUCAAACGAGCAUCUCCCUCGAAAGGUGUCAUCUCUUUAUCAACGUGCGCACCAGCCCAAGCUAGAACAUAUGCUCUAGCUGGUGCAAGCGUGAUUUCUGUUUUAACAGAGCCAGAGUGGUUCAAGGGAAGCAUUGAUGACUUGCGAGCUGUAAGACAGGCUCUUGAAGGCAUGCCAAAUCGACCUGCUGUUUUACGAAAGGAAUUUAUCUUCGAAGAAUAUCAAAUUUUGGAAGCUAGAUUAGCUGGUGCCGAUACGGUUUUACUCAUUGUCAAGAUGCUAGAUGAAGAAACCUUGACCCGCUUAUAUCAUUAUUCCGUAUCGCUUGGAAUGGAGCCUUUGGUUGAAGUCAAUACAUCAGAAGAAAUGACUAUAGCCGUCAACCUUGGUGCAAAAGCUAUUGGUGUGAACAACCGAAAUCUAACCAGUUUUGAGGUAGACCUAGAUACUACAAGUCGUCUCCUCAAUCAAGUUCCGAAAGAAACCAUUGUAUGUGCUCUCAGUGGUAUCUCCGGCCCUAAGGAUGUAGAAGCCUAUCAAAAGAAUGGCGUAGGUGCGGUCCUUGUGGGCGAAGCACUUAUGCGAGCCAAAGAUACCGCUCUCUUCAUUCGAGAAUUACUCGGCGGUUCAACUACCCAAGUAAAACCCGCAAGUGGCAGUCUACUUGUGAAAAUUUGCGGGACAAGAAAUGCUGAGACUGCAACGGAAGCUGUCAAAGCUGGUGCAGAUUUAAUCGGGAUGAUUCUCGUUCCCGGUAGAGGUCGACAUGUUCCAUACAAAGAUGCAAUUGCUAUUUCAAAAGCUGUUCAUCAGGCUCAACAAACGACAGGAACAGUUGUUAGUGAUCGCGUGAGCAACCAAGCAUCGGAUUUCUUCAGCAAUGCAGCCUCCAACAUUUCAAGUCAUCGUCCUUUAUUGGUUGGUGUCUUCCAAAAUCAACCUCUAGAAGAGGUUCUAGAGCUGCAAAAGGCAUAUGAUUUGGAUAUAGUACAGCUACACGGCGAUGAACCAUUGGAAUGGGCAAACAUAAUACCAGUUCCUGUCAUUCGAAGCUUCAAACCUGGUCAGGUUGGUCUUGGGAGAAGAGGUUAUCAUACCAUUCCUCUGCUAGACUCCGCAUCAGGUGGCUCUGGACAAAAAUUAGAUAUAACAGAAGUUAAAGCUACUUUGAACGAAGAUCAAGGUCUCAGAGUAAUUCUUGCUGGUGGAUUGAAUGCUGAGAACGUGGCAGAGGCUGUGCUAUCAGCGGGGGAUGUUGGUGAUCGGGUAAUUGGUGUCGAUGUUAGUAGUGGCGUGGAAGAAAAUGGUGCUCAGAGUAUCGAGAAGAUCAAAGCUUUCAUCAAGGCAGCUAAGAGCGUCAGAUAG